AUAGGGGCUCGUGCAUCCAUCUUCAUCUCAAUCACGCUCCUCCUCCUCCUCUUCGGUUCAGUCCACAUCACACCGUGUGGUUGGCUUUACCAGAGGUUAACUGCUGUUCCCCGCACUUCGAUAUGGCAUCUAACGAUUAUUCCCAAACUUCAGGCCAGGGCUAUGGGUCCUAUGGUGGAGGUGGGAGUGGUGGUGCUAACCAGGGCUAUGGUCAGUCUUCUGGCCAGAGCUACAGCCAGCAGGGCUACGGAGGCUACAACCAGGGCUCUGACAGUAGCCCUGGCUCCUACAGCCAAGGAGGAUAUGGCAGCUAUGGUCAAUCCCAGUCAGGAUAUGGAUCUCCACCGUCUAAUCAGGGUGGUGGUGGUGGUGGUGGUGGUGGUUAUAAUCAAUCCUAUAGCUCUGGAGGCUAUAACAACAGCAACCAACCCUCCAACAUGAGCUACAACCCUCAGUCUUCCUUCUCUGGGUACAGCCAGCAGCAGCCUCCGCCUUCAUCCUCUGCAGGCUAUGAAGGUAACUCACAAUCUUCUGGCUACAACCAGCCACCCAGUGGUGGACAGAGUGGAGGUUACGGUGGAAGUGGAGGUCAGACUGGUGGCUAUGGGGGCAGUGCGAGCCACCAACAACCAUCCCAACACGGAGGAGGUCAUUACAAUCAGCCGCCAAGCUACAACUCGCCCCCUCCACAGAGCUACAGCCAGCAGAGCCAGUAUGGUCAAGGUGGAGGAUUUGGAGAUGAAAGCCCCCCGAUGAGUGGAGGAGGUGGAGGAUAUGGUGGUCCUGAUGGAGGUUAUGGAGGUCAAGAUGGCCGUGGUGGCCGGGGCCGUGGGGGUGGAUUUGGAGGCCGUGGUGGUGGCGGAUAUGAUCGUGGUUUUGACCGAGGUGGCCGAGGUGGACCAAGAGGACGAGGAGGCAUGGGAAUGGGCGAUCGUGGAGGAUUCAAUAAGUUUGGUGGACCAAGGGACCCGGGACAUGGGGGACCCGGCUUCAUGCAGGACCAGGAUAACUCUGAUAAUAACACCAUCUUCGUACAAGGCCUGGGAGACGACUACACUGUUGAGUCAGUGGCAGACUUUUUUAAGCAGAUCGGCAUCAUCAAGGUCAACAAGAAGACAGGCCUACCUAUGAUCAACCUGUACACAGACAGAGAGACUGGGAAGCUGAAGGGAGAGGCCACAGUGUCCUUUGAUGACCCCCCCUCAGCUAAGGCUGCCAUCGACUGGUUUGAUGGCAAGGACUUCAAUGGAAAUCCUAUCAAGGUGUCAUUUGCCACCCGUAGAGCUGACUUCGGAGGCCGAGGUGGCAUGAGGGGAGGCCGAGGACGAGGAGGGCCGAUGGGUCGUGGUGGAUUUGGAGGUGGUCGAGGUGGAGGUUUCCCAGGAGGCAAUGGAGGCAAUGGGGGCAGUGGAGGAGGAGGAGGUGGAGGACAGCAGAGAGCUGGAGACUGGAAGUGUUCGAACCCCAACUGCGGCAACCUGAACUUCUCGUGGCGUAACGAGUGUAAUCAGUGCAAGGCCCCAAAACCUGAGGACGCUGGUGGGAUGUCCCCAAUGGAAAGAGGAGGUUACGGAGGUGAGCGCAGAGGGGGAUUUGAUCGAGGUGGCUUCAGGGGCCGAGGUGGUGACCGUGGGGGCUUCAGAGGGGGCCGAGGAGGCGAUCGGGGAGGAUACGGCCCAGGGAAGAUGGACGCAAGGGCUGACCACAGACAGGAUCGACGGGGCCGUCCCUACUAAAUCAUCCAUCAAUCAAACUCUCGGAAGCAACCCCCCCCCCCCACCUCAUGAUCAGUGUUGAGUAUGUAGAAAACUGUGACUGUCCCUGUUUUUUGUGUUUGCUCUUGUUCAUGUGACUCUUCAAUCAAUGCUCCCUUCUUCUGCUCAGUGAGGCCUCGUUUAGAAAAUCUUUUUUAUAUAUAUACAUAUAUGAAAGAGUGAUUCACGGCAAAUGUGUCCUAUUUUUAAUUUCUCUUGAACUGCUGUACUCACAUGAAUAAAUCUAAUCAGGCACUUUUAUCUAAUAAGUGAGAAUAUUUGUGAAUUUUAGCAUUUAGAAAAUUUAUCAUUAAAAUAAAUCCAGAGGAUCAAAGCAGUUUUUCUAGUUUUAAAGUAAAGACAAAGUUGAAUAUGCUGUUAACAUCAGAGCUACUGCUGUACUCUGACCUGUUGUGAACAUAACUUUACAGUGUAUUGUGCAGUUAUAACUGACACUUUAAAUGCCCUUGUGUUGGGCUUUACUUUAAUGUUUAGCAGCCUGGGAGUUUAAAAAGCUGUCAGACGGCUCAUGUUGUAAUCAUGUAGCUUCCACUGUUGCCGAGUGCUCAGAUGUCAACGAUUGGCGGGCGGCGUAAAAACCAGUCUCUCCUGCAGUUAUACACUGUAAAGAAAGCAAAACCAGAAACUCAUUUUUGCUUUUUACUGUCAGCUACUGACACAAAUUGAGCUCAUCACACCUGUCACAUUCACUGCAUGAAUGAUUUUAUUUGAGAUGCUAACAUCCAACUCAAAUGUUUUAUUACUGUUCACUCUCUGGUUCUAAAAGCAGUAAAAUUUGUAAACGAGGCCUCAUGUCUCUGCAGAUUUAUUCUAGAUGUUUUGUUCAGACAGAACUCUCACUAGUGUAUUUAUUAUUUAUGAGCCGUUUUUGUAUUGUGCAUGUGCUGGUUUUCAAAUGAAAGUGUUGAUAAAACCAAA